AUACGUCUGGCAACAGUGUUAGUGGAAACUAGCAGAAGAGUGCUGAAAUUUCAGUUGGCGCAAUAGCAAGCGUUGUGUUAAUAUUAAAGUCUAUACGUUAAAAGAGAAAAUAUGGCUUCCAUUUUAUCCAGUGUUAUUAUUCUUUUCAUGGUCACUACAGCUCAUGGAUUGAAAUGUUAUAGUUGCAAUUCAAAAGAUAGUGUUUCUUGUAAAUGGGGUUUGGCUUCUUUUACUUACAAUACAGAAGAGUGUACUAGUGUUGGUAUAUUCGAUUCGCUCAUAUCGCCAAAAUGUUACAAAAUCACCGCUCAAAAUAAAGAAGGUUCUGAAUAUAUCGCGAGAGGUUGUCUUCCGCCUGGUACCUUCGGCUGUGGCCAAAUGGCCAAACUUGUCGGUUGGGUGUCAUAUGCUAGCGACAACUCCGACAACUCUCUCAACAAUUUGAGUUGCGAAACCUGCGAAACCGACAAAUGCAAUUCGGCCACCAAAUUAACAGGAUUCGCACUCAUUGGAUUAAUACUGUCAUCGAUCGCUUUCCUUUUAUAAAUAUCAUUGAAAGAUUUUUGAGUAGAUGGCUUCAUAUAACUCGUUUAGAUGUAACAAAAAAUAUAUAGUUUUGAUAAUUAUGGUGAUACUAUAUUCAGAAAAAUUUUAUUUGCUAGGUUUAGAUGUUGAGUGGAAUUUACACGGUCUUCCCAGUUAUUUAAAGCUCAUCUAAUCUGUAUAUUUGUAUAAACUAAAAUCAGUAUUCACAAAAUAAUUUGUUUUCCUUAAUUCUCACACAAUCUGACAACGUUGUUUGAAUGUGAUUUAUUAGCGUUAUUAGUAAAUAGUGUAGAGGUGGGUAUAUACUAUUCUGAAGUAUCUACCCAUACAAUGAUAAAAACUCGAGUAUUUCUAAUCCGAUCAUCUAAUAUGUCUAUGAUAAUAUUUUUGAACAAUAAAGGAGAUGAAUAAUCAUUUUAUCAAAAAAAUUUUUAAAUCAGGAGAGAAUUAUUAGAAAAGUAGUAGAGUAAAAAAUAACAGUUAUCUGAUUCUCUCCCACCUUAUGACAGGCAGAAGUUGCCGCCCAUUCAAUAUAGCGUGAGUGCAGGUGUUGUAAAUUCUACUACUCUAAUUUUGACGAUCGUUACCAAUAAAUUUUGGAUUUUAAUUAUAUGUAAGUUCGUAUUGUAUUUUUACAUGUGUAGUGCUUUAUUUUUUUUAAAUAAACAUAGAUGUGUAGUUUAAUA